UAUAAUUAGCGCAAUGGCGGCCCCUACGCCGGUAGACUUGCCCAAAUCUCUCUCUCUCUCUGAUCUCACCUUCUCUCACUUUGGCAUUAAAAAGAGAAGAAGCUGUGCUCAAGGCUCACAGAACACAAAGAAGCUAAGAAAGAGUAUAUAAAUAAAUAUAUACGGGCGAUGGAAGAGGAGAAGGUGUGGGAAAACAUGAAGUUUGUAGGCAUCAGUUUGGCGGUGUGCGUGUUGGUGGUUAGGGGCAUAAAUUGGCUGUGGUGGAGGCCAAGGAAGAUGGAAGAGCACUUCGCCAAACAGGGAAUAAGAGGCCCUCCCUACCGCUUCUUCAUCGGCAAUGCCAAGGAGAUUGUGAGCCUCAUGGUCAAAGCUUCUUCCCACCACAUGACCAACUGCCACAACAUUCUCCCCAGAGUCCUCCCUUUCUACCACCACUGGAAGAAAAUCUAUGGUAAUGCAAUUUCAAUUCCCCAGCUACAUCCUAUUUCUCGUUUUAGUUUAUUAGGAAAACAAAAAGAAAAAUCUGGUUUAAUAUAAUUAAUUUGGCUUACGGCUGGGAUUGGAGGGACAGAGCUAGGCUGUGGAAUAACAUUGUUGGCCUGGUCUGGUCUUGUCACAAAAACUGAUUGAAGAUCGACCGAUCACAAAGAAAGGGAAAAACAAAUAUGGAUCAGUGAUGAUAGAUGUUUGUUUGGAGUUUUCUUUGUAAACAAAUGCAUCAUUACUCGUCUUGUCACCUGUCAUAUUGAAUCUAGACAAAACUAACAAGUUUGAUCCAUCGGGCCUCAAAGGUUUGGCCUUUUUGUGUUAGCCAGCACUUUUUGUUUUCUUGGAUUUUGGGAUUGGAAAUGGGGGAGGAGAAUCUCUCUGAUGCUUGGCCACUUUAUGUACGACGUAGCAUCUUUUUUAUGCUUGAAGAUUCUUAUCAUUUCCCCAACGCCUUCCUUCUUUCACCACCACUUCAGUACGUCUGUAUCAGCUGAUCUAUCCCAGUCCAGGCCAGGCCACGCCAGCUUUUCUCUUUAAUGGUGCGACGUUUCUGGUGUGGUUCGGACCGACGGCGCGUUUGGCUGUAGCUGAUCCAGACCUGAUAAGAGAAAUAUUCACAUCGAAAGCGGAAUUUUACGAGAAAAAUCAAGCGCACCCUUUGAUCAGACAGCUGGAGGGAGAUGGGCUCCUGAGCCUGAAAGGUGAAAAAUGGGCACAUCACAGGAAAAUCAUCACCCCGACUUUCCACAUGGAAAAUCUCAAACUGCUGAUACCGGUGGCAGCGAGUAAAGUGAUUGAAAUGUUGGAGAAAUGGGAGGGCAUGUCAUGUGGGAGCGGAGAAGUGGAAAUUGAAGUCUCAGAAUGGUUCCAAAUCUUGACCGAAGACAUUGUGGCACAAACUGCCUUUGGCCAUAGCUACCCCGACGGCAAAGCCAUUUUCCGCCUUCAAGCUCAGCAAAUGCUUCUCGCCAGUGAAGCCUUCCAAAAGAUUUUCAUCCCCGGCUAUAGAUUUCUGCCCACAAGACGGAACAUAAAAUCUUGGAAAUUGGAGAAGGAGAUAAAGAGAUCAUUAAUGAAGGUAAUUGAAGAACGGAGAGGGGAGUGGGGAAGCGAGGUGCCUGAGAAUGGGCCCAAGGAUCUACUGAGCCUGAUGAUCCAAGCCAGCGUGAGAGAGGCGGCGGCGAGCCACGGCCCGCCGGCGUCGAUGAUCACGCCCAACGACAUCGCGGAGGAGUGCAAGACGUUUUUCUUCGCCGGCGAGCAGACCACGUCGAACCUGCUGACGUGGACGACCGUGUUGCUGGCUAUGCACCCGCAGUGGCAGGACCAAGCACGUGACGAGGUGUUCAAGGUGUGCGGGCCACGUGACAUGCCAUCCAAAGACGAUAUCGUCAAGCUUAAGACGUUAAGCAUGAUUCUUAAUGAGUCGUUGCGGCUGUACCCUCCGAUCGUGGCGACAAUCCGACGGGCGAAAGGUGACGUGGAGCUGGGAGGAUGCAAGAUCCCGUGCGGAACGGAGGUGUUGAUCCCAAUCCUGGCGGUGCACCACGAGCAGAGCAUAUGGGGAAGCGACGCGAACGAGUUCAAGCCGAGCCGGUUCUCGGAGGGGGUGGCGCGAGCGGCGAAGCACCCGGCGGCCUACAUCCCGUUCGGGGUGGGAGUUCGGCAGUGCAUCGGGCAGAACCUGGCGGUGCUCCAGACCAAACUCACGCUCGCCAUCAUGCUCCACCGCUUCUCCUUCCGCUUGUCCCCGCGCUAUAGACAUGCUCCCACCGUGUUGAUGCUUCUGCACCCCCAGUUUGGCGCUCCCAUCAUUUUUACACGUUUACCGCCCCUUCAACAACCCACAUGUCAUUAACACCCCGGCCGGCCUGUUUGGAUCCAUUUUCAGCAUGCAGGUAAUUAAUUAGCCUACCUAGGAUCUUUUUUCCUUUUUCUUGCUUCUAUACUUCUAUUUAUUCGGUUAUCCGAUCCCUUUGUGUAUGUAAAGCUAGCUAGACUAGAUAUGUGCUGUAAUUAUCAAGUAUAUUGUAACCCCGGCCCAGUUUUGCUAUAUUCAUCCACCAGAUGACUUCUUUUUUACCUACUUCUUACUCAUCCAUUCAUUCUUCCACUCAUGUAACUCACAUUAUAUUAUAUUAUUAUUAGUAUUAGCUAGCACGUAGGUAUAUAGGUCAAUUCAAUUCAUGGUCAUUUAAUUACAAUUUCAUGACAUUUGUGUUACGUUCUACGUAUUCAUGCAAUUCUGAGUUACGUUACGUUGUGCAUAAAUUUUC